AUGACAAGAAAAUUAUUUGAAAAGAGAAAAUGGUUUGCCAUUCAAACCAAGAUUGAGAAUUUAUUAAUCCUUAAAGAUAGAAUUAAUGAUGAUGAGGUGGAAGCUUGGAAAAAUAUUGUAAAUUAUAUGGAAACGAAACCAUUUGGUAAAACACCAAAAGAAAUUUGCCAAUUCAAAAUUUACGACAGAACUUUGCUUCAAUAUUUGUGCAUGCAUUUUUUUGGAUAUGAUGAACAGAAACAACAUUUGUUUGACACUCUUGUUGAAAAGUAUGAAGCAAACGUUUUGCCAUGUUUGCAAUAUACAUAUUUUUCACGUGACUUCAUUCAAAAGAACUAUAUUUUGGCUGAUAUUGAAAAAAGCAAAGGAAAAAGUGUGCCAUUUGAUAUUUUAAUCCAUGCAUUUAACAAGAAUUUUUUCUCUAAGGAAAAUCUUGAUCAAUUAGUUAUUUUAUUGAAAAAGUAUAGACAGAGAGAUUUCAGACCUUUAUUUAUGAAAAGGAUAUUGCCUCGUCUUUUGGGUGAAAUAUCUGAAACCUACGUUGAUUUUGCUAAAAAAUUGAACUAUCUCAUAACCAAAUUGAAAGUUUAUUUAUUGGAUAAUUUUUCUAGAGACGACAUAUCUAAGUGUGUGAGUGAUAUGUUUAUAAACAGCAAUCACCUUCGUUAUUUUAAUGAUGAUUCUCCAAACAUUGAUAAGGAAAUUUAUGAGCUUGUAAAAAUGGGUUAUGGACAGUAUUUGAAUUUACUACCUAUUCCACUAGUAUCAUCAUCAGAUGAUACACUCAAUCUACUCAAACUUGUUGUUGAGCAGGGUAUAGAUCUAAAACAAUAUCCAUAUAUAAUUCAUGAAACAUUGAUGAGCAAAAGCUAUAAAAAAAUACCAACCUUGAAAUAUUUGAUUGAGGAGAGGAAUAUCAAAUAUAUUAGACCACCUAAACAUGAAAAUGACAUUCUAAAUAGAUUUAUCUGCCCUUCAGAAGAAUAUUUGGAAAACAUUGAAUAUCUCUCCUCAAAAUUAGGUCUACGAUUGACCUGUAUUGAUUCAUUUGUUCACUCUCUGAAUUCAGAUGUUAGGUUUGCCACAUUGCAGAAAAUAGUUGAUCAUGUAACUGAGAAAUUUAAAAUUGAUGUUGUUUCAAAUUGCCUCUCAAGAGUUUAUUAUAGUUGGCAGAAUAUAGCAGCACGCGAAGAUGCUAAUUUAGAAACUCAAAAGAAAGUAUUGAGAUAUUUGGAAGCUAAGUUUCCCAAUGCAAUAAUUUAA